AUGAACGCGAGCGCCACCUCGCUCAACGAGUCCCAGGUAGUGGCAGUGGCGGCCGAGGGAGCAGCAGCUGCGGCCACAGCAGCGGGAGCACCGGACACCAGCGAAUGGGGACCCCCAGCAGCAUCCGCGGCGCUGGGAGGCGGCAGAGGACCUAACGGGUCACUGGAGCUGUCUUCGCAGCUACCAGCAGGGCCGUCGGGACUACUGCUUUCGGCAGUGAAUCCCUGGGAUGUGCUGUUGUGUGUGUCGGGGACCGUGAUAGCAGGCGAAAACGCCCUGGUGGUGGCACUCAUCGCGUCCACUCCCGCGCUGCGCACGCCCAUGUUUGUGCUCGUGGGUAGCUUGGCCACUGCCGACCUGCUGGCGGGCUGUGGCCUCAUCCUACACUUCGUGUUUCAGUACGUGGUGCCCUCGGAGACUGUGAGCCUGCUCAUGGUGGGCUUCCUGGUGGCCUCCUUCGCCGCCUCAGUCAGUAGCCUGCUUGCCAUCACAGUGGACCGUUACCUGUCCCUUUACAACGCACUCACCUACUACUCGCGCCGGACCCUAUUGGGCGUGCACCUCUUACUGGCAGCCACCUGGACAGUGUCACUGGCAUUGGGGUUGCUGCCCGUGCUAGGCUGGAACUGCUUGGCCGACCGCUCAUCCUGCAGCGUGGUGCAUCCUCUAACACGCAGCCACGUGGCGCUGCUCUCCACUUCCUUCUUUGUGGUUUUUGGCAUCAUGCUGCACCUGUACGUGCGCAUCUGCCAGGUGGUCUGGCGCCACGCCCACCAGAUCGCCUUGCAGCAGCACUGCCUAGCUCCGCCCCACCUAGCCGCCACUCGAAAGGGAGUGGGAACUCUGGCCGUGGUGCUGGGCACUUUCGGAGCCAGCUGGCUGCCCUUUGCCAUCUAUUGUGUGGUGGGUAGCCAAGAGGACCCGGCCAUCUACACCUACGCCACCCUGCUGCCUGCCACCUAUAACUCUAUGAUCAAUCCCAUCAUCUAUGCCUUCCGCAACCAGGAGAUCCAGCGAGCCUUGUGGCUCCUGUUCUGCGGCUGUUUCCAAUCCAAAGUGCCAUUCCGCUCCAGGUCCCCCAGCGAGGUCUGA